AUGCAAAAUUCCUCUACAGCUCCUCUUGUCUUUGUCGUAGAGGCACAGUCGUGCGAGUGGAUUUCUGCUGAAUGUCCCAGGAAGAAGGGCAAAGAUCGCCUGGAUAAGUUCUACCACUUGGCCAAGGAUCAGGGCUAUCGGGCGCGCUCUGCCUUCAAGCUCAUCCAGCUGGCUAAGAAGUUCGACUUCCUCUCCAAGUCCCGGGUCUGCCUUGACCUCUGCGCGGCACCCGGCGGCUGGUCGCAGGUAGCGCAGCGGAACAUGCCCGUUGGUUCGCAGAUCAUCGCCAUCGACUUGGCUCCCAUUAAGCCCAUGCCCGGCGUGACCUGCAUACAAUCGGACAUCACCACGGAGAAGUGCCGGAGCUUGGUCCGCAAGGAGCUGAAAGGCGGCAGGGCCGACGUGGUCCUCCACGACGGAGCGCCCAACGUAGGCAGCACCUGGUCCAAGGAUGCCUUCAGCCAAGCGGAGCUCACGCUGCACUCGCUGCGCCUCGCCUGCGACUUCCUGAAAGCCGGCGGCACCUUCGUGACGAAGGUCUUCCGAUCGGCCGACUACAACUCCUUGCUUUGGGUCUUCAACCAGCUCUUUAGCAAGGUGGAUGCCACGAAGCCCACGGCGUCGCGGAACGUCUCUGCCGAGAUCUUCGUGAUGUGCAUCGGCUUCAAGGCGGGCAAAAUCGACCCGCGCUUCUUCGACACCAAGUGGGUCUUCAUGGAGAACCUGGAGCCGCUGGCCAAAGACGAAGGAGUCAAGAAACCCGGUGCCUCGCUCACGGAGUAUUUCAAGCAGCUGAAGAGGAAGCAUCGGGGUGGCUACGAGGAGGGGGACGACCGGCGCAUCGUUCCAGCACACGAGUUCGUGGCUGCUGAAAACCCGGCCGAGAUCCUGAUCAAAGCGCACCAGCUCAACCUGGACGCCCCCGGCUCCGAGCCGCUCCGAGGCCAUCCGCUCACCACCCAGGAGAUCCGGGACUUCUGCGGCGACCUCAAGGUGCUGGGCAAGGGGGAUCUGGCGCAGCUCCUGAAGUGGCGCGCGAAGCUGCUCCGGGAGCAGGAGAAGAAGGAGCGAGAGGCAGAGAAGAAAGCCAACGAGGAUCCGAGCACUUUGGCGCUCCGGGCCAAAGCCAAGGUCCAGGCCACACAGGCUGCAGCCAAGAAGGCCGUGGAUCGGGGCCUGGCAGCGGACGUGGACGAUGCCAUCGCCAAGUUCCUCGAUGGCGAGGAUUCAGAGCUGAAAGGUGCAGCCGCAGCUGCGGACGAGGCUAGCACUGAGGAUGAGGAGGAAGACGAUCGGCUGGAGCAGCAGCUCAAAGACCAGAUCGACAAGCGCCGUAAAGAAGACCGCAAGGAAGCAAAGAGGAUGAUGGAUCGGCAGCGGAAGCAGGAGUGGCGGAAGAAGAUGAGCCUGGCCACCGGCCGGGGAACCCCCGACGAUGCCUCCGAGCUCUUCAAAGUCACGGACAGGUCCGUGCAGGCUCUGCAGGAGGACUCGGCGCUCCCCGAGGAUUGUGUCAGCGAGGAUCUCUCCGAUGAGCCCAAGGAGGUCCAAGAGAGCAGCGACUCCGAAGCCGACGACCAGAUGGACCGGCUGGCGCGGAUGGAGGUGGACCUGGCCUUGGACCAUGAGCUCCGAAAAGCCGAGCUCACCCACAAGCAUCGCAACUCCACGCAGCGGGCCGCGCGAAAGAAGAAGGAGACUCGACGGCAGCGCGUGAUGCAGGCCUGGGCUGGUGAGCUCACGGCCUUCAACGAAGCCUUGCAGGGCGAGGCCAAGGCCCAGGCUCUGGAGAACGACCAGGAUGCCGUGGAAGAUGGCUCGGACAGCGAGGAGGACUUGAAGGCCCUCCGAGACUUUCAAGCGAAGCUGGAGAAGGCGGAGGACAGCGACGCAGAGGGCUUGGAUGCCGAUGCCCUUGCGGCCCUUGCAGAGGGCCCAGAUCGUGUGGAGGAGGCGGCCAGCGACCCUCCGGUGGAAGGCCUUCGAGGAGCCGCUCCUCGCGGGAAGGACGCCAAGGAGAAGCUUCAGAAGGGCCGCGAGCGCUCGCAAGGCCGCGACCUAGCGCUGGAAGACGGAGACGGGGCCAACGAAACCGCCCUCGUCCCCGUGGACGACGAGGAGGUCUCUCGCGGCGAGCACCGGGCCUUCCGUUGGUUCAGCCAGGAGAUCUUCUCGGGCCUCAGCGCGCCCGCUCCGCGGCCUCGAGGAACUGACUUGGACCUGGAGGCGCUCGGGGCGAGCGGGAAGGGAGACGAAGUUGCGACUCUUGGAGCAGAGGGGGCGUUUGGAACUGCCGCACUGCCAGGGAAAAGGGCCUUCCUCUGCACAGCCUUUGCGGAAGACGCGUCGCGCGUGAUGCUGCUGCUGUGGCUGUGGGCGCUCGCCUUGCACUGCAUUGGGGCCCUGGCCCUUGCGGCCCCGGUGACCUUCAAGGUUGGCUUCGGUGAGGCCGUGGCUUCCGUGGGGCCACAUCUUGCUGGGAGCUUUCAAGGCUGGGACCCGGCGACGACAAGUCUCGCAGAUGGUGAUAUGGAUGGGAUCUACGAGGUGACGCUCGACUUGGCUCCUGGCUCCUACGAGUUCAAGUUCAUCAACGGCAACUCCUGGGACAAGGCAGAAGCCGUGCCAUCGAGCUGCAGCGAGGCUGCCAGCGGCAACAUGAACCGCGCCGUCUUGGUGGAAGACGCAGCGCUGGAAGUGCACGUCUGCUUCCAGGAGUGUCUGCCCUGUGCUGCACUCCCGGCUUGCAAGAUGUUCAACUGCCCGGCUGACCUGGUGCUCCGGACAGGCAGGCUGGAGGCGCCCGGAGCCUCCUCCGCCUGCUGUGAGGCGGUGGAGGAAGGGAAGGGCGCCCUGGUCGUGCGCAGCUCGGCUUUCUCCGAUGGAAACUGGGCAGAGUUCUGGAUGAGUGGAGUGCUGCUCUUCGGUACUGGCACCCGUGGCCUCACAGUUCUUGAGCUGGAAGAUGACCUGGUGAAGCAUGCUGAAACCUUCGACACCUACCUCAGCUCCAGCCGCUUGGAAGGCUUCCUGGCCUCUGUGACGCCAGGAAACCUCAUUUUGAUGGCGAUCGUCGAUGAGGGCUCCGCACAGCUGAGUCCUGCGGCGAAGGCCCUGAUCGCCAGCUGCGGAGCCCAAAAGAUCGAGGACGUCGCUUUCAGGAGCUCUUACGCACUCAUUGGCAGGAAAGGUGGGGAAGCGCUGUCAGAAGUGGUCCUGCCAGAAUUCGCCGGGACGAGUGUUGCAGUUGCUCAGGUGACAUUGCAAACCACCACGACAACAACUCUAGCUACUCUAGCUCCAACAACUCUAGCUCCAUUGCCAUCACCAGUCUUCUGCGACAUGAAGGUGGCAGAACCUCCCAUGUCGGGUAGCUUGGCAUUGGAUGGAAACUUGGAGCUGGAUGCAGGAUGCCGAUUCCGCGUCUGGGAAAGCCCCGAGAUCGCCAACUGCCUCGCUGGGACCUGGGUGGUGGUCACCGGCUCCUCCAACGCCCUCUUGAUCUUCAACACACUCUUGAUGCUGCUUGCACCAGCAGAGGCGGAUGUCCAGCGAAGCGGCCGCUUCGGGGGUGCGCAUCUUCUGGAUGCGGUGCUGGAAGAUGGCCAGAUCAUCCAUUAUCGAACGGUGCGAUCCUCAGAAGCCUCCUGCAUCCAGAGCACUCCGACAGGUGGCCAGAACGAGACCGAGUGCAAGCGCAUUUAUGCCAACGCCUUGCAGGAGGCUCCAGAGCCUAAUGGCAGAAGGGUCCGCGUCACCAUGUUCCUGUCCUUCUUCUGGGCAAGGACCGGCACAGCGGUAGAUCUCGUCGAAGGCGAUCAAGCUUGGGCCGGCGCUGAUGUGGCGAUGGUCGUGCAGGUGGUGGCUUGGUACGUGGUCUGCAAUGGCAUCAAGUUCACAGGAUGCCCGCGCAGCAACCUCAUAGACAUGGAGGAGGAUAUGGUGAAGUCCAUGUUCGUGGCGGAGAUGGGGGCCGUGCUGGAUCGAAUGACGCCUUUCUGCGCAUCGGGGGGUCGUGCCGGACAUCGGGGAUGUGCCAUCGCCACGAACUCUUGGAGUGAUCCCGGCCCCACAUUGAUGGCGAUGUUCCAAGGUUACAACAGCGAGGUCGUUGAGGCCAUGCGACCGCUGCGUUCUGCCACCUUCCGAUCUGUGGACAUCUUUGCACUGGGGGGAUCCAUGCCCGGUGAAACGCUCCAGGGCCACGGAAGUCAGAUUUUGCACAUUUGGACCUGGCAGGCCUUGCUGGGAGGCUUCUGCUCGGCUGCGUCUGCCACGCCUGGAAGUCAGAUUCAGUUCCAGGGGCCGGUUUGCUGGAGACGAGACGCCAGCCUGGACUCCUGUACUGCAUACACCAGAACGGUUUUGUGGCAGUGCAUGAACAGCAUGCUCUGCAGCCACCGGCUGCUGGACAAGCCCUCCACCACAGCCACAAGUGAGACUACCACGACGACUACGACGACUACGACAGAGAGGAAUGAGAAGGUCUUCCUUCCAGUCGAUGGGGGUGAGAACCGUGCCUGCCGUGGGCAGGCGCCGGGUGACAACCUUCCCAGUUACUACACAGUGGUCUCCGGCAUAACUUCUCUGUCGGCCUGCCAAGAUGAGUGCAUCCGCUCUGAGGCCUGCGUUGGCAUCGAGCACAGCGGCUCCCGCUGCGAAGUCUGGACAAGAGCAGCUGGCAUUGGAGCCUCCAUUCAGCUGGCGGGUUUCACGUGCCUCAGCUACGGAGCAACUGUCACGACGACCACCACGACCAGCACGCGGAACCUCUCCCCUCUCUUCGAGCCUGUGGACGGUGGAGUAGACCGCGCUUGCCGUGGGGCCUCCGUCGCCGACAAUGCUCCCGAGAACUACGUGGUAGUUCCAGGUGUGCUGAACCUGGGCGAUUGUCAGUACGAGUGCACCCAGCAAGCUGCUUGCGUCGGGGUGGAGUACAGCUUGGGCAGAUGUGAAGUCUGGAUUCGUCCAGAGGGGAUUCAGGCCAGCUUGGUCCUGACCGGCUUCACCUGCCAGCGUCUGAGCGCAGCCCGCCGCUUGGAUCGCCUGGGUCGCCUGGAAGAAGUCCUGAGGGCCGAGCCCUGUUGGCAAGCGAUGCUCUGCAUCGCCUGGCACGGACCCGCCGCUUGGAUCGCUAUAGCUCAUCUAGAGAUUCUGCGAGCGGGUGGCCUUGAGUCGGGAGCUGUGACACGGGGACGGCCGGAAGUGGUCGUCUCCAGCUCGCAGACCGCAGAGGCGGGCUCGGGCUCCGAGGGCGAAGGCGGCCAGAUGCGCGAGCUCAGCGAUGCGCAGCUCCCGAAGCUGCCGUUGACCGACAAGGAGAAGCGCAAGAUCAAGCGGAAGAAGGACAUGGAGCGCCUGGAAAAGCUUGGGAUCAAGCCCAAGAGCAAGCAGAAGGAGGAGGAGAAGGGCAGCCUGGAGGUGGCUCCCCUGGAGGCUCCCAAGUCGAUCGUGUCCACCGGCCCGACCAAGCCCUCGGACCCGCGGGAGCUCGCCGAGACCAUGGCGCUGGGCUCCCUGCUCGUGGAGUCCAAGAAGUCCAGGAUGGAGCUGCUGGAUGCCGCCUACAAUCGCUGGACCUUCGAUCCCAACGAGGCCUUGCCCGUCUGGUUCUCCGAGGAGGAGGAGAAGUACAACAAGCCGGAGCUGCCGAUCUCCAAGGAGGCCAUGGCCCAGUUCCGGGCCAAGCUGCGGGAGAUCAACGCGAGGCCCAUCCGAAAGGUCGCCGAGGCACGGGCUCGGAAGAAGCGGCGCCUGGCCAAGAAGCUCGAGAAGCUGCGCUCCACGGCCAUGGCUCUGUCUGAGACGACAGACAUGAGCGAGACAGCCAAGGCGCGGCAGAUGCGGAAGGCGGUGAACAAGCUCGCGAAGCAGGACCAGCGAAAGGUCACGACGGUGGCCAUCAAGAAGGGAGGAGGAGGACACCGCCUUGACAAGAAGAAGGCCCCGAAGGGUGCCAAGGUGAAGGUGGUGGACAGGAGGAUGAAAGCGGAUCUCCGUGGCCAGAAGAAGGCGGGUCCUGCGGUGGGUCCUGGUAUAGGCCCCUCUUCUCCGUGGCCAUGCUGCGGGGGCCUAUUGGGGGCUUCAUUCUUGGGGUGCCUAGGUUUCUUGGCGGGCGCUUCUUUUUCAGGCGGCUCGAAAAGCAGCUCGCCAAUUGGGCCCAAGAGAGAGAGAGAGAGCGACUCCUUUGCUUUGCCCUGUCCUCCGCCAUGA